AUGUCGGACAAAAUAGACCUCGAUAAUCCAUCCACGCGCGAUCCACGUCUUGCCAGUCGAGCAACCAGAUUCAAUAUACCCCCGCCGAUCAAAAAGCCGUCCUUGGAAAGACAAAACUCCAUCUCGCUUGGGUCACCCAGCACACCCAAACCCGCCGUUUUCCCUCCGCCGAACGAACCCCCCAAGCCGGUCGAGAAGCAGGAUAAUCCUCGUGAUGGGUCGUUUAUCCAGUCAAUCUCCGAGCUGGUGCAAGCCGCCGUUGCUACGGCCGUGAGCAGGUCGGAGAAAGAAAGAUUGCAGCAGAAGAAAGAGAUAACGGAAGGUCUAUUGAAAAAGGCAAAGGACCAUACGAACUUUCCUUCAACUGCGGCUUUCUUUCAGCAGGCCAGCAAUGACGAGAAAGUCGACAUGACUCGGAUGGAUGAUACUAUAAAGGAGCACUUGUCGAAUUGCAGCCAAAUAGAAAGGGAUCUGGUGACUAAAUGGGGACUAUUAUCGCCAAGCGGCCCCGGCUCUUCUGCGUCGGAAGAGACGAUAAAGAACCUGCAAAGGGAACUUCAAACAUUCAAGGAAGAGGCCGCCAGUACAAAAGCUGAACUUGCUAGGCUCGUUGAUAGCAGUCCGACGCGAACUGGGCCCAUCAAAAUUCUUCAGGAUAGGGUUAUUCUUUUGGAGAAAACCAUGGGAAAUCAAACCUCACUUCUAUCCGAACAGGCUAAUACUGCCAAGGCUAAUGACGAGCGCUUAACGUCGCUGAGCUCGGAAAUGAAGAAGGGAGCAGUAUCAUCACCAAUACGAGAAGCACUGCCCACGCAAUUCGAGAACGACAUUGGGGAAUUAAAGCAGAAGCACACGGAGGCGGAGGGAACAAUGAAGGCACUUGUCGAGUGCCAAGAAGCGCUUUCAAAGACGAUUCACCAAAUAAACGGAGAUAUCGAAGAACACCGGAGAGAAUUGAACGAUAUUAAUGUUGGUUCUAUAAGUGCAAUGAAGGCGAGAAUGGACAGCUUUUCCAAUCAUUUGAGCUCAUUGGCGGGUAAAGUGGUGACAGAAAGCCCGACUGCUCAGUCGGUAAACGGAAAUACCGCACCUCAAAUCAACAAGGACCAGGUGAACCAGAGCAUGCAGGCAUUGAAUGGUCGGAUGGACGAGCUGUCGCAUCUACAGUCCAUGAAAGACGACUUCCAGUUCUCUGAAAUGGAAGAAAUCAAGAAGAUAUUGGCGCAACAGAGCGAGGAGUUCAAAGGAUUGAGGGAUGGUUAUGGUCAAGUGUCAACGGAGAUCAAGGCUAUUGCGCAAAGCAAGCCAGCGGCAGCUCUGCGGCAAAUCCAAGAUCUUUCCGGGUCGCUAUCAGUCACACAGCGUGUGCUGGAGAGCGUGAAGGUUGGGUUACAUUCUUUGGAAACACGUUAUAAUAAUAUCUCGACCGAGCCUAUCGUCAAGAACAUGGUGGCCGCCAUGCAAGAAAUGUACCCAUCGGCAUCCCAGUUGACGGAGCAAGUGACAGCCCUCAGAAACAGCCUCGAUAAAGAUAUCCUGCCGCUCAAAUCGACGGUAGAACAACUGUUCAAGUCGCAUUCUUCGCAAGUCACGCAACUGCAGAAGGAUACAGCCGUGCAAUUGGAGGAAAAGAACCGAUUUAAAACCGAACAUGUUCGUAUGGAGCAGUCGGUUGCUGGUCUAUUGGAGCGGAUUAAGGCCCAGACCUCGAUGCCAACUCAGCAGCAAUUUAAUCAGCUGCAGUCGAAGGUCGAUUCUCUCUCGAAGAAAAUAAACGAACAGACAUUCAACAUCAGCGAGCAAUUGAAGUCGAAACAGUGGUCGGACGAAUCCCUCGUACAGAGCUUGAAUCAUGAACGCGAGCAUUUCAACAAGGAGUUCCAGCGACUGUCCAGUGAGCUCAAGGACAUGUUGAGUAAACUUUCUCAAUUACAAUCCACAAACACAACCAACAUGGAAGCAACAAAAUCCCACGCGGAUGACAUUGGUUCCUUGCUGGAUCGCAUGCGUCACUUGGAGGAGUCUGCGUCGAACAAUCAUGAACAACUGCUCAAACAAUUCGAUUAUAUAAAGAAAGCAGUGGAGAACCAGGAAGGUAUGCUUAUGGAUGGACAAGCAGCUGAAGAGCCACAAUCACCACCACAAAAGGUUGAGGGUGAUGAAGAACCCGAACCCGAGGUCCCUGAGGGGCCCACCGAGAGCCCGGCCAAUGGAGACAGCACUACUAUCAGCCAAAUAGCCGAAACCAACCCUGCGCUCGCUCUACGAGAGAAGAAGAGGAAGAAGAAGCGCCCGCGUACUUCGAUGAAUGCUUCUGAUGACGAAAGACCGGAACCGCAUUCGGGGUCCAAUUCACCACGAAUGCUCAUUCCCGGACGGGAUGGGACGCCGUCUACAGACGCGAAAAAGAAGACCAAGAAAAAGAAGAGGAGAAAUCUCAUCCAAGAUACGGAACCCAUUACGUUGGACUAA